AUGCAUAAACGACUACACACUGGUGAAAAACCGUAUUCCUGUGAACAUUGUUUUAAGGCUUUCACUCAAUCCUCAAGUUUAAUGAGACAUCUAACUGUCCAUACUGGUGAAAAGCCUUAUUCAUGCACUUAUUGUCCUAUGGCAUUCACUCAAUCUUCAAGUUUAACGAGACAUCUGACUUUCCAUACUGGUGAAAAGCCGUAUGUGUGCGAAUAUUGUUUGAAGGCAUUCUCUCAAUCUGCCAGUUUAAUGCAACAUCUGCCUGUCCAUACUGGUGAAAAGCCCCAUUCGUGCGAAUAUUGUUCUAAGGCAUUCGCUAGUUCUUCAAAUUUAAAGACACACAUGAGGGUCCAUACUGGUGAAAAGCCAUAUUUGUGUACACAUUGUUCAAAGGCAUUCCACAAGCGUUCAGACUUGACGAGACACAUCAUGAUCCAUACUGGUGAAAAGCCAUAUUUGUGUACACAUUGUUCAAAGGCAUUCAUCAAGCAUUCAGACUUGACGAGACACAUCAUGGUCCAUACUGGUGAAAAGCCAUAUUCGUGCGACUAUUGUUCUAUGGCAUUUGCUCUAUCGUCCAGUUUAAAGAAACAUAUAAGUGUCCAUACUGGUGAAAAGGCCCAUUCGUCAUUUCCUAAGCAUUCAGACUUAACGGGACACAUUGUGAUCCAUACUGGUGAAAAGCCAUAUUUGUGUACACAUUGUUUAAUAGCAUUCCCUAAGCAUUCAGACUUGACGAGACACAUUGUGAUCCAUACUGGUGAAAAGCCAUAUUUGUGUACACAUUGUUCAAAGGAUUUCACAAGCAUUCAGAAUUAA